AGGACCACGUAAGCAGACGGAUGGAUUUUGGAUCCGGAAUUCUUGGUUGCCGCUUUGAUCCUGCCGUGAUCGAGAUUCAGGAAGUUGGGUUCGGGAACCGUUACUACAUCUGGCGACGAGGUGAAAGCAAGACGCGUUGCGAUUGUGUCGUUUUUUUGUGGUGUUUGGAGGUGUUUCCGAAGCCUGGAAACCGAAAACAUUGUGAAAAAGUGAAGUGGUUUCGUUUUGUUUUAAUAUUGUUGGGAAGGUAGAUCUCUUCGCAAUGGCCGCUACCCUUAAACCAAACUUCACCUCCCAUCUGUGCAGCGUUGAAGUGUGCGAAGUGCGGUACAACAUUCGAAUUCUCAAAAUGAAGGACUCGGUCUUCAUCUACAUCGGUGAACACAACGCAGAGAACUUUGACGAACUGUCGAUGGCCAUGCUGAUGCCAACCUCGAACGAAAUGCUAUCGACCACCAUCAUGGGAGAGCCGGUUGGGGCCGGAUCGGAAGAACUGGCCCAGAAGUUGUCCAAAAAGCUGAAGAAACAGGUCUACCUGAGUGCCAACGUGCCCAACGAUAGAAUAGUGCGACCAACACUGGAACAGAAGCUGUUCGAAGAGAUCAACAACAAUCGGGAGUGCUUCUGAUGUAGGAAAGGGUGUCGUCGUGGGAAUUGAUGCUGCCGUCAUCCAGAAGACUAAGCAUUUUCUGUUAUACUGAGUAUGCUGUACCUUCGGAAUCCGAAUAUUUAAAAGGCUUUUUACGUAAACUGCUUCAAUGCAAAUAUGCUGUGGUAGAAAAAUAAAGAACUUUUGUUUCUGCUUGACCAAUGGGUCGUUCUAUAUUU